AUGAAUCUCAACCCGAUGACUGCGAAGGAGAAGCCGAACGGCAACAUCCAGUGUCUGGUGUGCAAUUCCGAAGUGAAGCCGAAGAUUUGGACCGCCCAUGUGAAUGGAAAGAAGCACAGAGAAAACAUUGAGAAGCUGAAGAAGACACAGAAACGUGGAAAAGAUGACACCAAAAGUGCCAACGAGCCGCCGAGCAAGAAGCAAAAGGAGGUGCCGAAGCAGGGUCCGAUCAGUCUGCCUACCGACUUUUUCGAUGAAGAGGACAGGUAUUUCGUCAAAAUAGUUUUGAAAAGUAUUGAUCUGCUUCUGUUAAUUUUUAUCUUUCCCAAAUAACCAUAGGUGUUUUGAGUUGAGCGCCGGCAGCUCGGGAUAGGCGAGUGGAAGGGCCUGGUUCGGAAAAAAAAUUUGGCAGCCGUAAGGCUAAGGCUGCCAAAUUUACCGCACUAGAAUCACUAAUGUCUAGAUUGCAGGAGUGUCCUUAAGGCGCCGCAAUCUAGACAUUUCUGACUUUACCCGGACUGUAAGAGAUUGCCAGGUUGGUUCAACUGUCUUAAUUACUUCUAUGGGUCAUAUUCGUCAUACAUGUUUAACAGAAAAUACAAUAGAGGGGGGGGGGUCUUAUAGUUGCCGCUGGUUCGGAAAUUUCAAUCCGACCGCCAGGUCACAAAAAUGCUUUAGCGUUUCUCAAACAUCCCGCACCUAUGCAAAUAACGGCUUUUGAACUUUUAAAAUAUCAAAAUCUUUUUAAAAUUUGAACGUUUCAGUACUCCAUUCCGAAAAGAGGAUUCGAAAGCGGCAGUAGGUGGUAGCCAUUUGAUCGAGGGAGUUCCGGCCGGCUUCUUCGACGACAAACGGCUGGACGGAAACGUGCGGGAGACUCGCGAACGAAACGCCGAAUUGGAUGCAGAAUACGAGCGAUGGAAAGACGAAAUCGGAGAGGAGCAGGUUGAUCAAGAAGCGAAGCAGGAGGAAAGGGAAGCCGCCGUUCAGAGGGAGCUCGAGUUGGAACGGAUCGACGAGCAGAUGGCGGCACUCAAGAAACUGAACGAUAUGGAGAUUCAGAAAGAGAAACGAAUGAAUCAGGCAAAGGAACGGCGGCUGAAAAAAGAACAGGAGGCGAUGGAGGAGGACGAGGAAGACUCAGAAGACAUUGAUCUCGACGCACUCGACUGGAGAGCCAAAAAUAUUUUCUCGUGA